AUGACCUGGAGGCACCAUGUCAGGCUUCUUUUUGUGAUUGGUUUGGCAUUACAGAUCAUCCAUUUGGGAAACAGCUAUCAAAGAGGAAAACAUAAAGGUGGUAGAGAAGAAGUAAAAAUUUUUGCAGCCCCCAAACUCCAGCAGACAACGCUCAACUGGACCCUGAGUACUUUCAGGGAGGUGAAUGGGAGCGAAGAGGGCUGGUGGCUGCAGGGUUCUCCCUAUUCCAGAGCUUUCGGAGAGCGUGCGUCCCUGCGACAGCGCUGCUGCUGGAACGGCGGCACCUGUGUGUUGGGCAGCUUCUGCGUGUGCCCUGCCCACUUCACCGGCCGCUACUGCGAGCACGACCAGAGGCGCAGCGACUGUGGCGCCCUGGUGCAUGGAGCCUGGACCUUCAGCAGCUGCCGCCUCUGCAGGUGCGUCUUUGGGGCCCUGCACUGUCUUCCCCGCCAGACGUUCGGCGGCUGUGAUUUGAAAUACUUUCUCACCUCAGGAGCCAAUGGGCCAAGCAUAUGUAGCAUACUGAGUUUUCUCCUCCUGCUUUCCUGUGCCCUCCUGCAGUGCCUUGUCUGUGAAGGAGUCUCUACAUGGACAGAAGCUCCCUCCUGGAACUGGGAAGACUAA